UCCCAUCAGAUUAUGACUGUCCGGAAGGCAAAGAAAAAGUUUUUGAUCUUACUAUCAGUAAAGAAACUUUUGCUCCCGAUGGUUUUAAACGAGAUAUGUUUCUCAUAAAUGGUCAAUUUCCUGGUCCUCUUAUUAGUGCCACUAAAGGUGAUACGUUAGUGUUGAAUGUUAAAAAUGAUUUGGAUGAAGAUACUUCAAUUCAUUCUCAUGGAAUGUUCCAACGCGGAACUCCUUG